AAUGGAGCGCGCGGCCGGAUCGAUCGCGAUACGAACGGAUGGCUGACUCGAGAGUGAACCGCGAACGAGUAGCGUAGUCGUCUGACUCGGCCCGACGAGCGGGGAUCCCGUGCCGUGCCGUGCUGUGCCGGCGCCAUUGAACGCCACCACGAGCCACGUUCGCCACGGGGGAAAAACGGCGACGUCGUCACCGAACGUGUGCCGUGUGAUCAUCCCCCGGCAUCACUCGCGAUUCUGCGUCGCGGACGGCGGAGAGGGAGGGACAGAGUCUGGUGUGUGGUGAAAGUGCUCAUCGCGUGAUUAGGUCGAGGUCGUGUCGCUCGUCACUGGGACCCGCUCCUCUCUCUCUCUCUCCAUCCCGGUGACCUUCGGUGGUACGGGGGAUGAAGCGCGAAGCCAGGUGACGUUCCACGCGAUUCGGACUGAAGCUUGCUCGCGCCCGAGCGGUUCGCGCGUCGCGAGCGACUCCGCGAGACGUGGUUGGUAUCCGCGCCGAAGAAGCCGCGGCGAAAGUGUGUCAUCGACGCGACGUGACGCGACGCGACGUGACGCGACGCGUCGCAUUACGGGGCGACUCUCGCGCGAGGUUUGGCUCGCAACUUAUAUAGGCAUUCUCGAAGUCCCCGAUAUCUCGACAUCGUGAGACAAUUGUCCCCUGCAUUGCUAUGCGCGACCUAUCUGAGGAUUCGCUAGGACACGAAAGUUCCGAGAGACAGGAAGAGACUGGAAGUCGCACCAACGAUCUUCUGACAGUUACUGAAUUUUCCAUAUCCUUUACCUUCUCGCUAGAAAUCGUCUAGUCCUAGAUUCGAACGCGCAAUUGAGAGACCUUCUCAGCAGACAACGUAUGCACGUGAUUUAUUUCGUCAUCGACGUUCUGAAGAGCCAACUUCCUCUUUGCUGUCUGUGCUCCAUCUUCAACGAAGAUUUCUAUCAGUGGAAUGAGUCUGGAGAAAUAAUUGGUCAUUUUCUCAGAAAGUCGGAAUCUUGGAAGGAAAACGAGAAGGCAUUAGAUCAGCCUUGCGACGGAUUGUAAAGAAACAAAGUCCGCGCUCUGUGAGACAUCUGAGCAAAACGUCGAUACUCCUUUCUGCCCCGUCGAGCGCACUUCAGUGACUAUGAUCGAUAUUGAUCGAUUUUCCGUGAAAAAUAUAAUGCUGGCACAAGAUUGAAUUCUACUGCGAUCGAACAGUGUUAUUAAGCGGUAAAUCUAACUCGUGUUCUUCAGAGGAAAGUACGUUAUCCCAGUCUCAAUCUUCGAUUGAUUUUAAAUCGUACAGAAGUAAUAUAAUAAACGUGUGGUUGAAGCGCUCUUGUUUCCUCGAGAAACUUUUCGUUGUCAAUCGAUUGGUGUACAUUAUAUAUAUAUAUACACGCGCGUAAAGGGAAAAGUACUGUGGAUUCUUUUAUCUUCAGUGUUUUUGGAGUGAGCCCGGGAGAUAAUUUACGAAUCUUGAUGCGUCCAAUUAACAGACUGAACUUGAAAUUGAAAACAUAUCCAGAAAUAUCGACUUUUAUGAAAAUAAUGAACGAAUUUCCUGCUAAUUGAAAUAAUUCUACCAAAGCUAAGGUUUCAAAGAGAGUAUCAUUUUACGGAUAAUUAUUAACGAAGUACGUUUUCAUAAGCAUUAUAUCGUUGUAACUUAUCUCAACAGAAAGGGGUAUCUCCGAAAAUUUAAUAACCAAGAUAAAUCACAAUUUUGGUACGAACGUGUCCGACCGCUAUCGAGUUCAUUAAUUUUUCGAGACCAGUAUUGGAAAACGAAACUUUCCCGCUCGACGUGUUUGUUCAGUAAGAGCUCACUCGAGGAGUCGCCAGUCGAGAAGACACUCGGGUAAUUUACACAAGGGCAAGUGGAAGAAGAACAGAGAAAGAGAAAGAGAAAGAGAGAGAGAGGGGAAAUUGACGAGUACGCACGAGAGCCAGCGCGUACGCUCAACGAAAUCGCAUAUCACACACCCAACCCACGCACGAUUCGCGCGUGCGUGCUCACGUGCUUCACGGAUGCGACCGGGUGGUGCAACGUGGCCAGCGUCACGCACCCACGCCUCGAGCGCCCACGCGAGAUGCGUAUGAGCGCGUGACGUCCUUCGCGCGCGUCGUCAUCACACGGUUAAAACGGUCCCGGGACAGGGCUGCGCGAAUGAGCUGCAGGAUCUAGCGGGAGAUCUUCGGAGUCCAGUGACGAAGUGAAUCAUGAAUCCCACGCUUUUGCCGGCGCCGCUUCUGCUGGCGGUGCUGCUCGGCUGCGUCUGCCAGGUGGCCCGGUCCUUCCUGCUGGAGGGCUCCGCGACCAGCUACGCGCAAUUUCGCAAAUGGAACGCCGGCCUGAACGGCACCCUCGAGUUCGAGUUCAAGACCGAGCAGGGCAACGGGCUGCUGCUGUACACGGACGACGGCGGCACUUACGACUUCUUCGAGGUCAAACUGGUCGAGAGCGCUCUCCGGCUGAGGUACAACCUCGGCGGCGGGGCGCAGAUCGUCACGGUCGGCCACGACCUCGGCGACGGGCACUGGCACAAGGUGCAGAUCAGCAGGUGCAACGAGAACACCACCCUGACCGUGGACGGGAUCGGCGCGGUCUCGACGUCGCGCGGCAAGGAAUUCGAGUUCGGCAAGCUCGCCGGGAACUCGGACGUCUACGUGGGCGGUAUGCCUAGCUGGUACAACAGCAAGCUGACGCUGUUGGCGCUGCCUAGCGUGAUAUUCGAGCCGAGGUUCAAUGGAUUUAUUAGGAAUCUCGUGUAUGCCGACGGAGAGAAUAGUGUGCCCAGGAGGCAGGAGAUGAAGAGUCGGGACGCCAAGUGCGGUGGCUUUCCCUGCGUCGAGAGCGCUAAUAAACGCAAGUCGCCGAGGAGUUUACGCAAUAUGGCGAAUACGACGGAUGCUUGCGAGACUCGCGAUCCGUGUCAGCACGGUGGCAUUUGCAUUUCUACGGACAGCGGACCGAUCUGCGAGUGUCGCACCGGCGAUUACGAAGGCGCAUACUGCGAGAAAGACAAAGCCCCCUUGGAAGCAUCCUUCAGAGGGACUGAGUAUCUCACGAUAAAUUUGAGCAAAGGAGAACCGGUACUCAGUACACAGGAAUCUAUAAGCCUCCAGUUCAAAACGAGACAGCCAAAUGGACUUCUAUUUUAUUCCGGAGAGGGCGAUGAUUAUCUCACUAUAUCGCUGAGAGACGGAGGCGCCGCGGUCGGUAUGACCCUAGCCAAGGGAAGAUUGGAUCUGCACAUAAAGCCGGCCAGGGUGCGGUUCGACGAUCAUCAAUGGCACAAAAUCAUCGUCCACCGGAAGGUCCAAGAGAUCUCUUCAAUAACCAGCUUUUGCAGGCUCUCUGCUAUUGUCGAUGGGAUUUACGCCGAACACGGUCAUACUGCGGGAUCGUUCACACAUUUGGCGAGCGCUCAACUUCUCGUCGGCGGAGGCGCGAGGUCCUUGCAGGGCGCCAAAGGGAUCAACAACUUCGUUGGGUGUCUGAGAAAGGUGGAGUUUGCUGCGGAAAGAAUCAGAAUGGAGCUGAUCGAGGCGGCCAAAAGCGGAGCGGCGGGUGCUGCGGCUUGGGGAAAGAUGGAUUUUCACUGUCCCAGAACCACGGAUCCGAUCACGUUCACUACGAGGGACUCACAUCUCAAGUCCGGAGCAACAGUAAACAGGCGACUCCACGGCGCUUUGGUCACCUUCACCAGCCCAGAGUCCCACCUGGUUCUGCCACCCUGGAAGGCCGCCAAGUCCGGGACUAUAUCCUUCAAAAUUCGUACCAACGAGCCCAAUGGAUUGAUCAUGUACAGCCGCAGCGGAGCGCACACGAGGCAAGAUCUGUUUGCCUUCGAGAUUCUUGGCGGACAUCUUUAUUUACACGCUGACCUCGGGAGCGGCUCCGUUAAAGUAAGGUCGUCAAAGACACGCGUGGAUGAUGGCUCUUGGCACGAUGUUGUCCUAAGGAGAGUCGAGAGAGACGGUCGAGUUACUGUCGACAGCAAUACAGUCGAGUUUCGUACGCCAGGAGACUCUACGCAAUUAGACUUGGAUGGCUUGUUAUAUAUCGGUGGUGUGGGUGCGCCUUUUGCGCCCUUAACCGUUCCGCCCGUUUUGUGGACGGGCGCCCUUCGACAAGGCUACGUGGGCUGCAUGAGAGAUCUCGUCAUUAAUGGACAUCCAGUGGACAUCGCGGGAUAUGCGCAGCAGCAGGAUUCGGGUGCAGUAAGACCCGCAUGUCACGUACAAACCCCGCAUUGCACUUCAAACCCGUGUAUGCACCGUAGCGUUUGUCUGGAAGGAUGGAAUCGAUUUCACUGUGACUGCACUAACACGUCUUUCACAGGACCUACCUGUGGCAAAGAUGCGUCGACGCUGCAUCUGAAUGGCACGCAACAAAUGACAGCGUUAAUGCCGGAGGACUCUAGAACGCAGGCGGAGGAAAUCAUCGUGCGAUUCAAAACGACGAGACCGCGCGGCCUUCUGUUAGCGACUAGCUUCGAGAACAACGCCGAUCGUCUGCAGAUUUAUCUAGACGAGGGCAAGGCGCAAGCGCUGAUUCACAUCGGAGAUCGAGAGAAGUCAUUGACAACUGGGCAAGGUCUUAACGAUGACUUGUGGCAUACGCUGAGAUUCUCCAGACGAUUCAAUUCACUGAAAUUCCAGAUCGACGAAGAUACGGCGAUACGAGCGGAAACGCAGUUGGGAAAGCAGGGCAUCUUGGAAUUCCGCACUCUUCACGUUGGCGGAUAUCUUCACGCGGGCGAGGACAUACCGCAUUUCGUGGGCCAGCUGCAGCAGAUCUGGUUCAACGGAUAUCCAUACUUGGAGAUUGCGCGCAGCGCUGGAAGCCAUCAGACCUCGCAUCAGGGCGUCACGCCCAUCAUCCGGGUUACCGGCAAAUUCGGGAAGAGGAACCAUCCGGUUCACCAUCCGGUGACCUUCACCUCCAAGCACACCUUCGUAGGACUUCCGGUACUCAAGGCGUACGUGGAGACAAACAUCUAUUUCCAGUUUAAAACGCGCGAAGCGAACGGCUUGAUCCUUUACAAUGCCGGAAGAGAGCAUGAUUUCAUUGCGGUCGAGCUGGUAAACGGGCACGUACACUAUGUGUUUGACCUCGGCGACGGGGCUGUCAGGGUCAGGGACACUUCGAGGUCCAAGUUGAACGAUGGCAAAUGGCACGCAGUUAGUAUUGGUAGACCUGCCGCAAAGAGGCACACUCUCGCUGUGGACGAUCACGUGACUGCUGUCAACAGCCAGGGCAGCAACGAGAAUCUUGAUCUCGAUGGCAUUUUGUACAUAGGCGGAGUGGAGAAGGCGCAAUACGGCCUAUUACCAAAGCCGAUUCUCAGCCGUCACGGAUUCGAGGGGUGUCUGGCGUCGUUGGAUCUCAGCGGGGAGAGCACCGACCUCAUUACCGAUGCCGUCGUGCCGAGUUCCCUCGUCACUUCCGGAUGCGACAUUUACACCAACCUGCAUCCGGGCAAGAAGUGCACUCAUGAUCUCUGCGCCAAUCAUGGGACGUGCGUGCAGCAGUGGAAUAGCUACACGUGCGACUGCGACAUGACGAGUUUUACCGGACCGACUUGUAACGAUGAGGCUAUCGCUUACGAAUUCGGUGCCGGAAGAGGAAUUAUUACGUAUACCUUUCCGCCUGAUCGUCGACCGGAAAUGAAAAGGGAUACCGUGGCCUUGGGUUUCGUCACCGGCGUUAGCGAUGCUGUGCUGCUUAGGAUAGAAUCUGCGUCGAGUAACGAUUAUCUCGAAAUCGAAAUUGUGGAAGGUAACGUUUUCGCGGUUUACAACAUGGGCACCAGCGAUCAUCCGCUCGGCGAAGUUGGCGUGAAAGUUAACGACAACCAAUAUCACGUGGUUAGAUUUACCAGAACUGGGCCGAACAGCACAUUACAAGUCGAUGACUACAAUUUGCAGUCUAAUCACCCGUCGGGUCAUCAGCUGACGGUGUUCAACAGCCAGUCCACAAUUCAAGUAGGCGGCCGAUGGAAUCGCAGCAAGGGCAGAGUGGAACGACCGUUUCUGGGCGUGAUAGCCGGACUGGUCGUCAACGGCGCCAGGAUUUUAGAGCUCGCGGCGGCGAAAGAUGGCAAAGUCGUGGUCAGAGGAGACGUGCAGCUUUUGCCGGCCGGAAGUCUUCUGGAUCGCGCCCCGCCGCUGCAAAGAAUGCAACAGACGCCGGCGUCCGGUUUCCCCGGCGUCAUGGACGACCUCAUAUUCUCUGGCGCCGGGAGCGGCUGCGCCGGCGACGACGAGGACGAGGAGUGCACUCCGAUCUACGAGUCAGGCUCCGGUAAGUAUGACAUCAUCACGCCAGUGUAUGUGGCACCCACACGAUUGCCGACGACAUUGAGGCCGAAGCUGCACAAGGAGAAUAUUCAAGAGCGUCCAUCCUGCGAUGAUGAGGAGGACUGCGAGGAGGGCUCCGGCGAUCCCAGAACGACGGAAGAGAUUUUCGUCACCUCGGCCACCGAUAUCAGCUCGGUGACGUACACGACGCCCCGCGAGUACUCGACGAGCCACAUCAGCACCCAGACGACGUCGGCGUCGUCGACAACGUUGGGCCGCGACGUCGUCACCGUCUCCGUCCAAUACAAUGUGUCAACCACAGACCUCGAGACCAGCCAUAGCAGCAGCGUCGUGACGCAUCGAUCGACAACCGUGACGACGCAGACGAUCACGACGGAGAUGACGGAGCCGCCGCCGCCGCCUCCUCCGCCAGUAUACCCGCCGAUGCCCACUCCGCCCAAGAACAACAACAACAAUAAGCGGAUCACGUCCGAGGCGGCCGAGAACGCCGCGCUUAUAAUUGGCAUCAUAGCCGCCGCGCUGAUAGCGAUAGUCCUGAUCAUACUGAUAAUCCUCAAGUUUAAGAAUCGGCCGGAGACGAGUUACAAGGUGGACGAGACCAAGACGUUCUGCCAGGAUCCGAACGCGGCCCUGCUCGGCGCCGCGGGCUCCGGCCAGCCGUUCAACGGCGCCCUGAAGAACGGCGCCAACGGCAGCAAAAGUAACAAGAAGCGAGAACUGAUAGACAUUAAAGAGUGGUACGUGUAAAGGGGCUCGUCUCCACAUACCGGGCAGGACGUUGCGCCUUGUGCGUGAGAUUUGUGUACAGGGGAUACGGCCCGGGGACGUGGCCAAGAAACGUGCACGUCGUCUCUCGUCGCUGGAAAGGAUCGAGGGAUCGGGAGAGGUACAGGAGGGUGUGCGAAGAAAAUGUCCAAAGCUGAUCGGGGUAUUCUCGGCGAGGAUUCUCGCCCGCUAAAUAUUUAACGGGUCUAAUGCGGGCUCCGAGAUUACCGAAGAUCUGUCUCGACUGAUACGACGCGAAAGGUGAUAGUAUUUCCGCCGAGAGAAUCUUGCUCGAGUCGCAACGGACGAUUUUCACGAGGCGAUUUCGCGCCUCGUGAAAUCCGAUCAACGGAGUUGGGCGCGCGAAAACCGAUCUCUCGGUCACGAGUGAGGAAGGGCACGUUUGGAAAACCCUCGUGAUAUAUAGUAGCUUACAGGAAAACCGGUGUAACGAAAGAUCGCAUUUUAACAAUCCUCUCUUCUCCGUGCGAGAAUGAUCGAAACGCACGAGAGACCCGCGAUCAGCGAUCGAGUAUCCUUGAUAAAAUAUGUUUUCUAAGGACUUUAAGGUCGGGAUCGACGGGUCGUAUAUCUAGGGAGAAAGAACGUGUUUACCCUUCGAGGAAAACACGACACGAUCGGGACUAUGCAAUGGAAAUAUACGAAACUUCUCUUUAAUUCUAAUGCGAAUUGAGAUGAAAUCGAUCGCACUUAGGGAGGUCCGUCGAGCUGCUCGCUCUCGCAGUGAGAGCCAACGAGUCGCGAGGUACCGAUCGACGAUCUAGCGCCGAUCCUCUUGUUUCCUCGACGCGAAAUCUCGAGACGAAAUUUAGACGCGUGACAGGAAUCGAGCAGCGAUUGCAAACAUUCCGAAAGAACUCUUAAUUUCUUCCUUCUCAUUUGUCAUGAAUUUGUUCAAGUAACGUUUUCCGAGUAACGUUUGUUGACGCUGCUCGAUUCUCUGCCACAAUUAAUAUUUAACAGCAAAUCGGUCUAGAACGAUUUCCCCACGAGGAACAAAGAGAAGAAACGGACGCGAAGAUCGUGGAAUUAAUCGUAGGAAUUAAUUAAAAAGAAAGGAAACGCGUUGAAGGUGAUAUUAGCAGUGACUGAUUCGGACGAAUCUUAGGAAGCAACUUGCACCAACGUAGGCAGGCUAUUUUUAUUGUUUUACGAAUUUUAUUUCCAACAUCCUCUCGGCGAGCGCGACGUUGAAUCGUUCUCAAGCAUGUCGAGAAAUAUAUUAAUUUUGAAUUUAUGUAGUAAUCUCUAUUUAUCCGCUAUUUUAUAGAGUUAAAUUAUCUAUUUGUUAAAAGUUAGAUAAUAAAAUUGUUCGAGAGUGAUUUGUAUUGAUCUUUUAAAUAAGGAACAAUAUAUUAAGAAAUUAUAAAAGAAUUGUGCAUAUAAAUGUUUCACAUUAUAAGAUUUUAUGGAUGUUGUAUAUAGGUCCGAAGAAUUAAUAUUGUAAUAUGUAGAAAAAGAAAGUGUAUUUUUUUUUACAAUAUUUAUCUUUUAUUUUUUAUUUAUUAAAAUAAUGAAACUUAUUUUUUCAGUUUAACAAAGAAUAUAGAUCUAAUUGUGCAGAUUUGAAUUGAAA